AUGCUGACUGAGAUUGUGAGAUUUCUUCGGCAGUACAUCAGAAUGGAAAUUCCGUUGUUUCUUUAUAUGUUGACCAGUUUCCUGAAGUAUCCGGUGUUCCAGAACCUGAUUUACGAGAAAGCGUGUCUUGCACGAUAUGCUCAGGACGAAAGUUUGUGCUCAAACGUGACGGCUUACUACAACGAUAAGGCUGUACAAGCGGAUGCUAAUUAUUUCUACUUUUUGUCGUCACUAGUGCUCACUAUUCCUUCCCUUUUUUCAACGCUUGCAUUAGGAGCAGCAUCGGACUCAUGGAGCAUCAAAGUGCCGUUGUUGAUACCCUUUUUCGGUCUGAUAUUUUGUACGACAAACUAUAUUAUACAGACAACAUACAUGAAUGGGUCUAUCUAUCUAUUGCUGAUCAGUGACGCCCUCUUCGGUAUCUGUGGUGGAUAUGUCUCCAUAAUAUCGACGUCCCUCAGUUAUGGUGUUAAGACGACAAAGACGUCACGCAGAAGUGUUAGAAUAGCUGGUAUUGAAGGUGCGAUUGGACUCGGAGGCACUAUUGGAUACGUUCUUUCAGGAACCAUAAGAGAGUAA